GCUGUAAUGUGUGGGAAAAAGUUGUUGAGCUUCACAAAAUGGGAAGUGGCUAUAAGAAAAUAGCACAAGCAUUGAAAAUGCCCAUUUCCAUCAUCAGGGCAAUAAUUAAUAAGUUCCAGUCAACUGGAAAUGUUAUGAAUCAACCUGGAAUUAGACAUGUGUCUGUAUCAUCUCAACACACUGUGAAGAGGAUGGUUCGAGUGGCCAAAAAAUCUCCCAAGGAUCACAGCUGGAGAAUUGCAGAAGUUAGUUGUAUCUUGGGGUCGGAAAGUCUCCAAAACUACAAUCUGAAGUCACCUACAUCACCACAAGUUGUUUGGAAGGGUUUCAAGAAAAAAGCCUCUACUCUCAUCCAAAAACAAACUCAAGCAUCUUCAGUUUGCCAGACACUACUGGAUCUUCAAAUGGGAUCUGGUUCUAUGGGCAGAUGAAACCAAAAUAAAGCUUUUUGGCAAUAAACACCAGAAGUGGUUUUGGCACAAAGAGAGGUAGCCAUAUGGAAAAGUACCUCAUGUUCACGGUUAAAUGUGGUGGUGGCUCUUUCAUGUUUUGGGGCUUUUUUUCUGCCAGAAGACCUGGAUAGUUUGUUAGGAUACAUGGCAUCAUGGACUCUAUCAAAUAUCAACAGAUUUUAAAUGAAAACCUGACUGCCUCUGCCAGAAAGCUUAAAAUGGGUCGUGGUUGGAUCUUCCAGCAGGACAAUGAUCCAAAACAUUCAUCAUAAUCAACACAAAAAUGGUUUACUGACCACAAAAUCAAGGUCCUGCCAUGGCCAUCCCAGUCCCCUGACUUGAAACCCAUAGAAAACCUGUGGGGUGAACUGAAGAGGAGAGUCCACCAGCAUGGACCUCGAAAUUUGAAGGAUCUGGAGAGAUUUUGUAUGGAGGAACGGUCUCAGAUCCCUUGACAUGUAUUCUAGAACCUCAUCAGGUAUUAUAGGAGAAGACUCAGAGCUGUUAUCUUGGCAAAGGGAGGUAGCACAAAGUAUUGACUAAAAGGGUGCUAAUAAUUGUUGCACACCUAUAUUUAACAAAGAUUGUGUGUGUUUUUAUUUUUAUAUAAACCUGUGUUGUGUUUGCAAUUGUUUGAUAUCCAUGAGAGCAGAGUGUUUUUGAACAAAAGGUCAAAAGGAUAAACAAUAAAGACAAUUUUCCACAGUCUUCUUUGCUCAUAUUUACCAAGGGUGCCAAUAUUAGUGGAGGGCACUGUAAAUGUAAAUUGACACACAUUGAGUGAUUAUGCAAUGAGACAGGGCAUGACUUUCGGAACUAAACAAAAGCACAGAAAUGGUGACUCAUGAGCAAGGCACAGAUUGAGGAUUAUAUGAAGGUGCACGUUGCCAUAACAACAGACUGAAGAAUGUCCGCACGGUAAAUAAGAUGAAGGCUUGGUCAGUGUAAGAUGGCUGAUGCAGGAACUGCAUUGUAGAAAUGUGCGUUGUCUUCAUUCCAUGUGCAUUGACUUCAUUCCUUUCGUUUUGUUUUGUUUUUUUAAGGCAAAAUGAAAAAGUUUUUCUUGGCACACACUGACAUAGGAAUUAAUUCACUAAUUCUCUGGAAACUUAUUCUGUUUUCAUAACAGAUAAGAUGGAAGUUGGAUCAGGAUAUGUUGUGAAACAUUUUGGGUGAUUCAAAUAUUCUUAAAUUUCAGCAUCUGGAAAAUCCUGCUGACUUUUUCCAUGUCAUCCUCCUUUAAUGUCAUGCUCUUGCAUCACUGUUUUACAAAAGCAUGUAGUAAUCCAUAUUAGCAGUACAUCAGGUGCAAAAUUAAUCCAGUACUUACUGACACACAUCCAGGUCAUUCAAGAUCACUCAUUAAUUUUAGCCUCAUAAUGAAUCUGAAAUGGUAAAAAAAAAAAAGAAAGACAGCUUUUUGCAGUAUUUAUUAUUUUAAAGCCAAAAACAUGGCAUGUGAAUGAAUGAACGCAACGUACAUGGCCCCAUCCCGGGCUUUUCACUUUCUGAUUCGGGUACUGCAAUGAAUACAAUGCAGCAAAAUACAGAGAAAGCAAUGGAAACCACACAAACAGUCUGGUUGUAAGUCCCUUUACACACAGAUAAGAUAUUUAAAAAUUAGAAUUAAGAAAGCCAAAGUUAUAGGAUGAAAACAGAAUUGGAGACAGAUAUAUAAACAUGUUUCUUUAAAACUGAUGAAGAACUUAUUUUAAUAUUUACCUUAGUGGAUUAAAGUAUAUCUAUUGUAUCUGCAUUUUUACAGUGAAGGGGAGUCAUGAUCGCUUCGUUUCAAACACAGUAUUAAAACAGCAUUAAUAUCAGUGGUUGCAGCUCUGAUUCAAGAAUGUCAGUCACUACACUAUUAAAAGUACUUGUGAAAAUUAUUUUUUAAACCUUAUUGUACAAGAAUCACUGUAAGAGAAUCAUUAUGCAUGCAAAAUGGAAGAACAAUGCUUAGAGCAGAUCUAUAUAUCUACCCAAGAUGACGAAUUUUAUUUAUUCUUCUUUGUCAAAACCUUGUGAUGUGAAAACAUUGCUAAAGCACAAGUAACGUUUAUAAGCAUGGCAUUUCUGACCAUUACAUUCCAGAGUGAGCCAGGUGAUACAAAAUAUAUUAAUUGUUUAUGCAGGAUGCAAGCAAUUUCAGUUUCUAACCCUAGAAAUGAUGAAUUCUUCAGUAUACAUGGAUAUGAUCCAAUGUACAUACACCCUUAAAUUCUACAUGAAAGGACUUAGGUAAUCACAAAUGAUUGUUCAUGAUGGGGAACACUACUGUGUGAUAAUAACUGCCAGGACAAAUAUGCAUCAUUUAACUUAAUCAUCGACAUCAUGUUUGAGGGGGUGGCGGAGGUGGAAUCCAGAAAAUAUAAUAACUCAACUCUUAAUUUGUACUACUGAUGAAUGAUUAUGCCAAGUAUGAACAUUUGGUGUAAGUGUGAACCUCUGAAAAAAAGUGAAAAUAAAUAAAUAAAUGCAUUUUUAAACUGGAUACAGACAAUAAUAAAAAAAGUGCUAAUUAUUUAGCGACUGCGAAAGAAGCAGCUUCAGGUGCAGUGUGAGUACAUGUCUCUACAAGUAAAUGUAUGUUCACCUACUGAACAAGAAGGACUGCAUACUGUAAGAGGGUGUUGAAAGAUUUAGAAGUUUCUCUUCAAGAUCAAGCAAACAUCAAGCAAAGUCAAGGUGACUCAACAGCUUGGCUUACAGCUAGAAAGAGAGGACUUCAGUUUUGACAUUUAAGAUUAAAGACUCGUCCUCCUGCUCUUCCUCGGGGUGUGUGUCUGUCUGUGUGUGUGUGCGUGUGUGUGUGUGUGUGUGUGUGUGUGCGUGCGUGCCGUAUCAGUGCUCUAGUGUACUACCAUUUGUGGCUCAAUCUAUGCCAGAGAUCUAUGUUAUACUAUCUAUGAAACACACACUGCCUGAAAUGUGUGGAUAUAUAAAACCACCACAAAAUAAAUUAAAAACUCAACAUACAAAAGCAGCUAUGUGGGUGUUGAAUGGCUUGGAGACAAAUGAAGUGUUUUUAGAUAAAACAAUGGAGCCAUCAUUACAAAUGCGUUUCAAUGCUCCACGUUGCUCUAAGAUGAAGUUAUGGAAAAAGGCCAUUUUUGCCUUUACACUCCUUAGUGCUGCUCUCUUUCUCCUGCUCUUCAUAACAAUGAUACCCGCUGGGUCCAUCAUCCCCUGGGCCUCAGCUGUGUCUGUACAUCCUUCAACAACAGCACCAUCACCACCACUAUCAUCAUCAUCUUCGCCCAAGGUGACCAGUCAUCGGCGCAUGGCCAGAGAAUCUGAGGACAUGGGUUCCCUCUUAUCGGAGUUUUCCUACCUGUUUCAGAGCUUCACUGAGGGUGAGCUUCGGAGGGUCAUCAGGUCACUGGUGGACAGGAAAGUUGGGAGAAGGACCAAGCGCGCGAAAAGCGCAGAGGCAUGCUCAUUGCACCAGGUGGUGCUAACAGUGAGCGAGCUGGGCCUGGGCUAUGAAAGCGAUGAGACAGUGCGCUUCCGUUACUGCAGAGGGAAGUGCAACAGACGCCUCGGCAACUAUGACAUGGUGCUGAAAAAUGUGAUUAUGAGCAAGACAUCCGAGAAAGACAUAACCACUAAGGGGGGCACUGCUAAGACAGAGAGGGCACCCUACAUCCGCUGCUGCCGGCCCACCAAAUACGAGAACAUGUCAUUCUUUGACAAUAAGGCAAAAUUCUUCACCAUUCAGGACGUGUCAGCCAGAAAGUGCGGCUGUGUGUGACACUGCAGGGUUCGCUGAGAUGAUUGAAGCAAAUGAGACCACUACAGUCAUAGGAUUAUCUAAGCGAUUAGAUGAUUGUAUGGAUGGGGCUUCAGAAAGAGGCUAGAGUCAAUUAGGUGGAAGUGGAAGGUAAAUCAUAUCCAGAAAAUCUCACUUGGAGAAUCCAUGCAUUUCAUAAUCCAAGCCACAGGCUAGAAGGUUGAUUCUGACCAUCUGGCAGUGCAGAAGGUAGGAAGAUGGAAGUUUUGUGCUUUUAAGGGUUUCUGCAGUGUCUUAAACAGUUUUGAGCUCAAGAGAAAAAAAAGAUGCUUUAAUGAUUUGACGGCAUGUGAAGUAGCAACCUUCAGUGCUAAGACACAACACUGGCCUUUUACUGAAGCCAUGAAACUGUUACUGAGUGGCAACUGCAAUAGUGAAAAUCCAGAAUAAUUUGAAAUAAGAAAUUUCCAUAUGGACUAAAGCAGUAUAGAAAAGUGUUUUUGUUUUUUUGUAACAAAUACUAUCUGCAUAUUCAAGUAUGAAGUUAUCCACAGCUACCUCAUUUGUAUUUGUUACAGAAAUAUGCAUCACACCAACUCUCUUGUGGGCAACUAUUCAUUGAUACAAACGUUUAAAUAUACAGUCUUCUCAGGUCAAAUACUGAAAAUAACAGCAUGCAUUGUUACUUGAAGUGAAAACCCAUCAACUCACACACUCAUUUCAUUUGCUCUUGUCAAGAGUCCAACUUCUCUAAUUGUUCAUAUCAUCCCCAAGCCAAAUACAUAAUUGGAUGUCUUUUUUUUUUUUUUUUUAAACUCCUCCAACUUUCAUAUAGUAGGUCAUGAACACUGUGAUGUCUGAGACACUUCUGUUAAUGUUAUAGUUGUAAAAAAAAUAUGUUGUCUGUAUUAUCUGUUAUAUUGAUUCUGACAUAUUCAACUAUCAAUCUAAUGUGCUGCUUUUUAUGGACUGUUGUUACCUGAAACUGUGUGGCUCACUUAUACCUUAAAAGGUUAAAUCUGCUCAUGAUUCUUAAAGAUUAUGCCCUAGUACAUCCAAGGGGUUAAGUGAGACUUGUGCCUGUUGGAUUGUCCCACAUUUUAAGCCCACUGUACACAGCAUUAACAUCUAAUUCCCUUUAAGUCAAAGCGGCCAUAAAUAACCGAACAGAACAGUUAGAUAACCUCCACAUCUCCUUUUAAAGUUUCUCUCUAUGUGAUGAUUCCCCUACAGCAGUGGUUCCCAACCUGGAGUUCACAGAGGGGCGCGUGAUCUCAUUUGCUUUGAGGUCAAACAUGCAUAAAAUGUUCCACUAUAAUUAAAUUGUAAAACGAAUACCUUUUAAAAUGUUAUUUUAAAAAAUCAUGCUUGCAAAAAUAAUAAUAAUGG